AAAUAUCUAAGCAAUUAUCUACUCAAAAGAGUUCGCUGCGUAUAUAGACAACAGCGUCGAAAACGAGCUCGCAGUUAUGGAGCUCCACGUUAUAUGUUCUGCUUCGUCUGCUUGUAAUGUGCUUUCUUGGGUACAUCGUCGUGUUUACCUUUGGGAGAAAAACUAUAGAUAUAGGUCUGGUAUUAGGAACAUAAGUAUCCUACUGAAUGCCAAACUGGAAAAAGGAUAUACCUUAGGGAGUGUGAGAGGCCGCAUUAAUUGUUUGAAUAAACCGGAGAGUGAUGGCAGCUCUCCACCCCAAACUAUUGGAAGCGGUGCAAAGGUGAUUUAUGCUGCUGCUCCUGCCUUGGGUCACAAUAAGGAAUCGCAUCCAGAAUGCAACUCCAGAGUUCCUGCAAUUCUGAAUGCUCUGGAGAAGAUGGAGUUGACUUCAAAGCACCGAGGUUCUGAUAUCAUUGAACUGCAAACAUUUAGACCUGCUACAAUAGAUGACAUAACAAGUGUUCAUGCCAAAGCCUAUGUCUCAGGCCUUGAGAAGGCUAUGGAUCAAGCUUCAGAGGAAGGUCUAAUUUUUAUUGAUGGAUCUGGACCAACUUAUGCCACUUCAACAACAUUCCAAGAGUCCUUAAUGGCAGCUGGAGCUGGUAUUUCUGUGCUUGAUUCAGUGGUAGCUGCAUCGAGAGUCAGUCAGGACCCUCCCAUCGGUUUUGCACUCAUACGGCCCCCAGGGCAUCAUGCUAUUCCCAAGGGGGCCAUGGGAUUUUGCGUGUUUGGAAAUAUUGCCAUUGCAGCACGCUAUGCUCAGCGUGUGCAUGGGCUCAAGCGUGUUUUUAUCAUUGACUUCGAUGUUCAUCAUGGAAAUGGAACCAAUGAUGCCUUCUAUGAGGAUCCAGAUGUAUUUUUUCUUUCAACUCACCAGGAUGGAAGUUACCCUGGUACAGGAAAGAUAGAGCAGAUUGGUGCUGGGCAAGGUGAAGGAUCAACAUUAAAUCUACCUUUACCGGGAGGAUCGGGUGAUACAGCCAUGCGAAAGGUGUUUGAUGAUGUUAUUGCACCAUGUGCACAAAGGUUCAAACCAGACAUAAUCCUUGUCUCAGCAGGAUAUGAUGCACACAUGUUGGAUCCCCUAGCCCAUCUGCAAUUUACAACAGGAACAUAUUACAUGCUCGCUUCCAACAUUAAGCAACUUGCGAAAGAUCUGUGUGGGGGACGUUGCGUUUUUUUCUUGGAAGGAGGAUACAAUCUCGACUCUCUUUCCCAUUCGGUGGCAGACUCAUUUCGUGCUUUUCUUGGGGAACCAAGCUUGGCUACAAUGUUGGAUGAUCUUUCUUUCUUAUAUGAAGAACCAUCUACCAAAAUAAAGCAAGCAAUAGAGAAAAUCAAGCACAUACAUUCUCUCUGAACAGAGUUCAGGUACAUGAGUAAUUUCUUUGACAUUUGACUAAAAUAGCAAGAAAGAGCCACAGAGAAAUUGCAUGUUAAACAUCAAAUGCCUCAAGUUGUACAUCCUUAGACUUCAAAGGAACAUAUUCUCCAUCGUAAUCUUCUAGAUGAUCUGCCAAUGAGGACUUGUCAAUAUUCUCAUGGUGAUAUGACUUGCAGAUGAGGUAGAUGAUAGUCUGGAUGGUGAGUCCAUAGAGCAUCAAAAUUGCCAACAACAACACAAACAAAAUUGCAUACCAUACACUCCCUGUAAAUCCACCUCCAUAGCCAAGCACCACAAAGUACUCAAACCCUGUCUGAAUUCCAAUGAAAAUCGUGUUCAAAAGCAGGAAAAUGAGGGCGGAUAUACCCAGUUUACCCUUGAUGAGGCCCUUGCUCUUGAUGAUGGCGUCCAGGCCAUGCACAUCUUCAAGCACAGACACCACACUGGCCAGAUGAUAUAUAACCGUGAUAUACACAAACCCGGCCAUGUACAUUAGCAUUAGAAGUACAGCACCAAACAAUCCAAAUCCUCUAGGCCCCAUCAUUAUGAGCCAGAGAAUUAGAAUGGUAAUAGUGAGGAUGUUGUAAGCAAAAAGAAUGAGAAAACUCCAGAGGAAAGUUACCAUGAGGCGUUUCCAGACCUUAGGGACAACAGACAUGAUCUUCUUGAAGGAAAUUUCCUUGGAGGUGUAGAUGCAGGCAAUGGUGUAGACAACCGCGGAGGUGGAGAGGAGGGCAAGGACGAGGAAGAAGAUGAAGUAGGCUAUCUUGAAGAACCAGAAGGCGGUCCAUUCAGAGGUAAGGACAUCAGAGAUCUUGUCGUACGUCUGGGUGCCCUCUUGGAUCCUGUCCAGAAUAUAUUCAUCACGGAGGAUGUCGGUGAAGAUGAUAUCAGAGAUCUCAAUAUGUGCUAGGUAAAUGAAGGAGAGAGGGAUGAUCAUGACCACUGUUAUCUGAAAGAAAAUCUUCUUCAUUGCUGAAACCACGCCCAAUGAUUCUUUGAAUAUGUCCAAGAACCCAAGAAACUGAAUCUCGUCUUGUUCCUUGUCCAUUAUGAGUAAUCUCAGAUAUCAGAUGAACGAACAAAGGAAUAAUCAAGAAAGAUAAAAAAAAAAGGUUUUUUCUUUCUCGAUAAUCUAUUUCUAUUGAGGAAGGAAGAUGAAAUGAUCUAUCUAUAAUUGGUUAGGUCAUAUGCAAAAGCUGGAUUUGGAAUUUAUUUAUUUAUUUUAGAAUUAUGGGAUGGGAUGGUGUAAAAUGGGGUGAUUCGAUGCGGCAAAGCCGAAAAUUUUAGCCCCAAGAAACAAAUGGAAAAUCAUGAGCAGACAAAGAUGUGUUAGUUACAAAGGUGACAUCAGGUUCAUCUUAUUCUUUAGUCUAA